AUGAAAUAUUCAAUCCUCCACCUUGCUCUUGCGGAGGCCGUCUUGGCUUUCCCUGGCAUGGAAGCUCCAAACGCUGAUAAACGUCAAGCUGUUCCGCCAGUUGCCCCAUUCCCAGAGUACCCUGGCCUCCCUAACCAGGCCCUGUUCAACGAGUUUGAUGCUGGUGAACAACUCGUUGACGUGCAUGGCGAGCAUGAGUACCGAGACCCGCAGCCGGGUGACAUCCGCGGUCCUUGUCCCGGUCUGAAUGCUGCCGCGAACCAUGGCUAUCUACCCCGUGAUGGCAUUGCUACAUAUGCAACAAUCAACAAAGGGCUUUGGGAAGCGUACGGCCUUGACCAAACUGCCACUCAGUUCCUCCAGCAGACGACAACUUUGUUCGACGGUGACCCGCUCUCCCAGAGGUGGUCUAUUGGAUACGCCUCGGACAAGGUUAGCCUCUUGGGACCAUUGGCCGGAGCCCUUCUCGGAACACCCACUGGUAUAUGUGCAUAUGGCCACUCCAAGUCCGAGAAUGACGCCUCCAUCACUCGUGGCGACUUUCUUGCACCCGAGGAUAAUUCCAAUUGCGCAUCAUACCCCAAGUUCUACCAAGAGCUUCUUGAUCUCUCCGAAAAGCGCGCGAAUGGGCUGAUCACCGCCCCCGUCCUCGCCGAGCACCAGCACAACCGCAAGAUGUUUUCCGAAGCCAACAACCCAAACUAUUUCUCGCCCGUGUUUGGAGGAGUCGCCUUCACGCCUGCUGCGCAUACCUUUGUCUGGGCCCUGAUGGCCAACCACUCUGCCCAGAACCCGCGCGGUUUCCUCGAGCACAGCGUUCUCGAUGCCUUCUUCUCGUAUAGCGUUCAGCCUGACGGAUCUCGAAAGUACGAGUACGGCAAGGACAGAAUCCCCGAGAACUGGUACCGCCGCAGCCACAAGAAUCCAUGGACCCUCCCCGAUAUUCUUCUCGGCGUUGCCUCGCAAUGUCUUGCCUUCCCAUCCACCUGCAAGGUCGGAGGCAAUACCGGAGAGGUCAAUUCAUUUGACGGUGUAGACCUUGGAGACAUUUCCGGCGGUCUGAUCAACGCUCUUACGGAUCUGCAGGAUCCGGCCCGCCUCGCGUGCUUCAUUGGGCAGAACAUCCAGGCUGAAGCUCCUUCGUCCCUGGAGAAGAUCUUCACUGGUGCGCUGCUCAAGGAAGCUUUGGGCCUGGUCGGCCCGAUUAUCGACAUGCUGGGAACAUGUCCCAACUUGCCCGCUGGAAAAUCGGUCAAUCAGUAUGGAAACAAGUACCCGGGAGCGCAAAAGAAAAUGGGUGACCGAGGUUACACUGCAAAGGACAGCAAUGGAUAUCCUGCGGGGGCUCCUUAG